UUGGCAACGCACUCAGACUUCCGCUAGAGAGACCUUCGAGAUCAAGCGACUGCCCAGUGCGUCACAGGGCCAUUGUCUUUCCUUAUUUUAGAAGCCUAUGUGCCUCAGCUAUGAACCCCUACUAUCCACAACAGCCUGGACAACCUUAUCCCAACCCAAAUGCUCCUUAUGGUAAUGCACCCUACCAGCCUCCACAGCCAAACCAGCCAGGGUAUCCUGGGCCUGGAGUCUAUCCAGGAGGGCCAUGCAAUCCUCCCAUGGUCCCACCAAUGCAUCCAGGAGGGCCAUGCAAUCCUCCCAUGGUCCCACCAAUGCAUCCAGGAGGGCCAUGCAAUCCUCCCAUGGUCCCAGUCCCACCAAUGCAUCCAGGUGGGCCAUGUAAUCCUCCAAUAGGCCCAUAUGGACCUGGGGCAAAUUUUGUGCCAAAUGCAAUUCAUGGUCCCGGGCAUGGGCAUGGCUAUGGGCAUGGAUACGGGGGUGGCCCUCACCAGGGAUAUGCGCAUGGUCAUCACAAACAUGGGAAGAAGCAUAAAAAAAAGAAGCAUGGCAAGCAUUCUGGGAGCAGCAGCUCUUCUGACUCUGAUUAGAUCAUGAAGAUAUUUCAAAAGCAAAUUUACAGUAUAUGUACAUUCUAAAAUAUUUGUACAAAUAAUCCAUGUAUUCACACUUCUAUAUAUUCACACCUAUAUUCUCAAGUCUAUAUAUGGAUAUAUAUAUGUAUUACUCUAUUGCUUGGCUGAAUAAAAGGGUUUUCUAAUACAAUAAUGAA